GAUUCUUCAGUCUUCACUUCACUGAAAAAGAAAAGUUUUCAUUAUCGGACCGCAAUAAAAAUUUAUAAUAUUGUCAAUUUCUAUAUUAUGGAAGACUUAAAGGACGUAUAUCUAACUCCUUUACCAGAGUCUCAGUAUGUAAAGCCAUUUCGGUUACAUUAUACUCAAAAUGGAAAGCAAAAAAAUUGGGACUUGCUUGAAGUACAUGAUAGUGUAGCUGUUAUUGUAUUUAAUGUUACAAGAAAGGUUAUGAUUUUUGUUAAACAAUUUCGGCCUGCAAUUUAUUACAAUAAUGUACAUCCAAAGGAUAGACAAUCGGAUCAAAUAGACACUAAUAAAUACCCAGCUUCUUUAGGAAUAGCACUAGAGAUGUGUGCUGGUAUAAUUGAUAAGAAUAAAAGCGUAGAAGAGAUAGCACAGGAAGAAGUUCUUGAAGAAUGUGGCUAUAAUGUUUCUCUAAAAAAUUUGCAAAGAAUCACAUCAUAUAGGUCAGGAGUUGGUGUCCAGGGUGCCUUACAAACAUUCUUUUAUUGUGAAGUUACCGAUGAAAUGAAAACGGAACAAGGAGGUGGUGUUGAUGAUGAAAUCAUAGAAGUUGUGGAAAAAACAAUACCAGAAAUAGAGGCCAUAGUGACUUCACCAGGCCCCAUUUGCAGUCCUCCAAGUUGUCUAUUUGCUCUGAUGUGGUUCUUACAUUACAAAGCUGAUCAGUACAGGAAGUAAUACUAUAUCUGUGAUAUUACCAAACCACUAGAUAAAAAAAGUUAUGGCUGUUCAAUAUUUAAGGUUGAUUCAUGUAUUACAUUCAAAUUAGGUUAUAAUAUCUUAAUAUAUAUAUUUCUUGUGUGCGUGUGUAUGUGACUGAACGCCUCCUAAACGACUGGACCGAUUUAGACGAA